AUGAAUCCAUAUCAACAGGUAAUUACGAUUCUCGGACGAACGUUGGCGCCGUUCGCUAGCACCGGUUGUAUUCCCGUGUACGGGUUCGGUGAUGCGAAAACUGGUGACUGGAGUGUGUUUCCGCUCAAGCAGAACGGGGACUGUAGAACUCUCGAAGAAGUGCUGAAAAUUUACAACGAAGUCACACCCAGUUACCACAUUCUGGUGAUCAUCGCUGACGGCCAAGUGACCAAUGAACGUGCCACGCGACGCGCCAUCGUACAGGCUUGCCAGUACCCGUUAUCGAUUAUUGUCGUUGGUGUCGGAGAUGGCCCGUGGGAAAUGAUGAGAGUGUUUGACGAGUCUUUGCCCAAGCGUCCAUGGGACAACUUCCACUUCACAGAAUUCCACGAGAUAAUGCGACGAGCGUCUGGACAAUCUGAGGGUGAUGUGAAGUUGGCUGUACAGUCGCUGUUGGAGAUUCCCGAUCAAUACCGAUGCAUCUGCGAAUUAGGUCUUCUUAAGAAUCGAUCGAUACCACCUCGUGGGUCAGAAAUCCGCAAAGAAUUCAUGUCAAAGUAG